ACCGGCUUUUCGCCGUACAGAAACGAUCAGAAACUUGGCCAGUGCCUCCAGGCAAGUGAGAUUACAUCUGGCAGCAUGAAGAAGGAGUCUAUCAUGCAGGAGAAGAUGGACAUUGUGAGUGAGAUGAUCACCAUGCUGGCUGCCGGGGAGCAGGCAGAGGAGCUGGAGCGAGUCACCGAGGUCUGGGCUAAAAUCAACCAGCUGAGGGAGGAACAGCAGGAAGAUGUCAAGAAAACCAUACAAGCACUAUUGGCUGUGAGUGAGGAAGAAGAGCAGAAGGUGAAGAGCAUCAGCCAAUCAGAGGAAGGAUACCAACGGAAAGAGGCUGAGCUGGAGGCUGAGAAAUCCCAGGCUGAAAAACAGAGACAACAGGCUGAACAGGGCGUUCAAUCCCUCAUGGGGAAGGUAGAAAAACUGAAAGAAGAACAGGCGGCAGUGAGCAGGCAGAAGGAAACUGUCAAACAGAACACCACAGAGGCUCUUCCUGAUGUCAGGUACCUCGCUACACUGUACUCCAAUGUGACCAAACUGAAAUGGGACUUCACCGGUGGACCAGAUGAUAUCAAAGGAUUUGUGACCUGUAAGUCGGACGUGAAGCCCUUCUCUCUCAACUCCAAGCAGAACUCCAAGUUCUUCGUGGCCAACUACCUCUGGGACCUCAUGGACGAGAGCUUCGACUGAACACUACAGACUUCUUACAGAAAUUAGUCUUGUAAAUAUUUACAAAGCCAGAGAAGUUAGAUAGAUCAGAAUUCUGUCUUGUGUAAGAUUUGCUUUAUUAACAAGAAGACAGUUUUUGUAUCUAUGUUAGAGACUUAGACUUCAUCACUCAAACUGAUAAUUUGGAUAUGUAGUAAGAAUUAAGAUAAUGCAGAGAGUCAAGAGUUAGAGACAUAGGACAUAGAAAGACAUAUAUAGAGACAUACCAGACCUUCCAUAUUGCAGUGUUUUGAACCAUAUACUACCUGUAAAUACAAUGCACUAAACUGUUAGAAACUGAAUCCUCUGUAUAACUGCCAAUAUGUACUACAUGUAGUUGUAUCAAGGUUUUUAGCAAAAA